GCUCAGGGAGCAGGCAAUGCAGUGAGAAAGAGAUUAGUGUGGUCACCUCUCGUGAGCCAGUGCUGUGAAAGGGAAGUGUCGAUUGCGCUUCUGUACAUCAAUUGCUGUCGUCGGAGCAAAUGGUUGACUCUGUGCGUUCUGUGCGCCUGGCUGGGACAGGAACAAAGCAAGAAGCGCGUGUUUGAUUUUGAGCGGAACAUGGGUCAUCACAACGGUUUACUUUAUUCCGAUCUUUCCCUACAUUAUGGUACCAUAGGAACGCAGUCUGGGCGAUAAAGCUGAUAAAUAAUUGUUUUAUGUUCUGGGAAACUUUGACCAGGCGUUUAAAUGGAGAUCUUAACUUUCAUGUUGGCGAGUCUUGCGCUAGUGAAUAUCAGGAGCGACAUUUUCACCAGGGCCAUGAUGAGUGACAUUGGGGACUAUGUAGGUUCAGACAUACAAAUAUCCUGGUUGCCUAAUCUGGAUGAGUUAAUGAAGGGCUAUGCGCGAAAUUUUCGCCCUGGGAUAGGAGGCCCACCGGUGAAUGUUGCCAUGGCUAUUGAAGUAGCCAGUAUUGACCACAUUUCUGAAGCCAAUAUGGAGUACACCAUGACCAUUUUCCUGCGCCAGAGCUGGCGGGAUGACCGCCUGACCUACAACCACACCAACAAGACCCUGGGGCUGGAUAGCCGCUUUGUGGACAAACUAUGGCUGCCCGACACCUUCAUUGUCAACGCCAAGUCUGCCUGGUUCCACGAUGUCACUGUGGAGAACAAGCUGAUUCGCCUGCAGCCUGAUGGAGUCAUCCUUUACAGUAGCCGGAUCACCUCGACUGUAGCAUGCGACAUGGACCUUACCAAGUACCCCAUGGAUGAACAGGAGUGUAUGCUGGACCUAGAAAGCUAUGGUUACUCCUCAGAGGAUAUUGUGUACCACUGGUCAGAAAGUCAGAUACACAUCCACGGACUGGACAAACUGGAGCUUUCCCAGUUCACUAUCAUUGACUACAAAUUUGUCACAGAGAUGAUGAACUUCAAAUCUGCUGGACGUUUCCCAAGGCUCAGCCUUCGCUUCCAGCUGAGACGUAACCGAGGUGUCUACAUCAUCCAGUCCUACAUGCCCUCCAUCCUUUUGGUCGCCAUGUCCUGGGUUUCCUUCUGGAUCAGCCAAACAGCAGUCCCGGCACGGGUGUCCCUUGGGAUCACCACUGUGCUCACCAUGACCACCCUAAUGGUGAGUGCUCGUUCAUCUCUCCCUCGAGCCUCAGCCAUCAAAGCGCUGGACGUCUACUUCUGGAUCUGCUACGUGUUUGUGUUUGCAGCGCUCAUUGAGUAUGCCUUCGCUCACUACAACGCUGACUACAGGCUCAAAGAGAAGGCCAAGACCAAGGCCAACAAAAUGAGCUCCGAGUCGAUUGUGAAGAAUGGGAAGCAUGCCAUGGUGCUCUUCUCUCUGUCAGUUGCGGGAAUGAACCAGGGCCUGAUGGUCUCCAGCCGCCGUCCGCAGCGCUCAGGCACCGAGACCCCCGGAGAGGAGGAGGUGGAGCCCAGGAGGGGGCGGGAGGCAAGAGGGUCAGUGGAGAGAGAAGAAGAGAAGAAGUGCUGUAGUUGCUGUUCCAAGUGCUGUUGCUCUUGCAAGCCACUCCAAGCCGACACCAUAGACGUCUACGCUAGGGCGGUGUUCCCCGCCACCUUUGCCAUUGUCAAUGUGAUAUACUGGGUGGCGUACACCAUGUGAAUUCGACGGCUGUGGAAGGAUGGGUGGCACUGCCAAAGAUCGGAGGACUGUACAUAGAGGGAAAAACCCUUCCUUAAACCCAGACAGGAAUUGGCUAGAAGGGAUAAUGGUCAAUGUAGAAUGAAUUCUUUUUUAAGGUGAAUGAAUGCUAUGCUGGGAGUUAAAGGGAACAGUUUGGAGGUGAUGGGAAAACGAUUAGACCAAAGGACAGUUCACGUGAAAAAAUACAGAAUCCAAACAUUUCUCUGUCGAAUUUAUGUGCAUUUUACAUCAGUAUGCUUUUCACUGCAUUUGUUGAGAAGGAAUUCUGAAAAUACUGUAGAUACGUACAUUCAGUAACAUGAUAAUAAUGAAAUUCUUAGGAUGAUAUAAUGGUUUAAGUGAGCACAGAAAUUUCAAUGCAAUUUAUGACAUAUAUGAUAAUUUAUGGCAUAAUUUGAAAUUGCUAACAUGCCUAGAUAGGUUACACAAUGCCAUCUUAGAAUGUUAAGCUUUUACAAAAUAAUUCAGGACAACCCAGCAAAUUACCCCUUGUUACCUUGAAAGUGUAGAUAAAACGUAUUAAUAAUAAGCCUUCAUACUGUAUAUGAGAUGAGUAUUAGUGAAGUGGUCAAUUGGAUUUGCAGGUCUUAAGGCUUGCUUGUACAACGUAUUUAUUACAAGUCUCAUCUUUCAAAAUAUAUAGUGACCUCUUUAUUUACAGCAUUAUCCUCACUCAGACAACAAAUCCUUUGUAGAAGUUGUUCUGUUAGCAGGAGGGAAGAGAGCGCCUUGUUGUGUGUCGUUGCUCACGUUCAGAACCUCAUACAAUGCUAUGAAACGCAGAGCCUGAGCACUGGCAUCAUGUAUUGCAUGUUACGGUACAGCCACAGCGUUCCAAUUUAGGUGUUUCUCUGUUGACAAAUCUGCCAUUUGCAGCCUGUAUAUGUGGAAAGAGCUACUAAGAAAUGUAUUUAUGCAUAAUAAAGUGGCAUAAGGACCUGAUAAAUAGCAGAUAAUGUACAGUAGUACAAAUAAAAGGUAUAUGUUCUGAAGCUGACUUUUUGCUGACUUUUCCCCAAAACCCUACUCUAGCCACUCUAUCCCUGCUUCCACUUACAUACUUAUUGCUGCACAUGAAGCCACAGUAAUGGAUUGAUGUUAAGCUGUUCUGUUACUGUACAUGAAACAUAAAUGGACUCUGCUCAUACCAGCAACAUACACAGCCCAAUGUAUCAUUGGUGUCAGAAAAUGUGCACAAUUGGUCUUUGCUUAACUGAGAAAUACACCUGGACAGUUGAAAAUAAGAAAAUGUUAAAACUUUAUCAAUUAUUCUGCAUGGCUUAUGCUUCCCACCUCACCCUCCCUCCCCCCACCUCUUCCUCCCCUCCCCGGUCCCACCUCUUCCUCCCCUCCCCCCGUCCCCCCGUCCCACCGAUCUCCCCAACUCCUUUGUUUCCCUCCCAUAAUUGCACUACCCGUUUUUUUCCAUUCCAGUUUGAUUUGGGCUGCAGAGCGUCUUAUCUCCUCCUGCCAGCCCUUUCUGAUUAUAAGAGCACUUCCUCCACUACCUGUAUAUCUCCACACUGGAAAUGUUCACUUUAUUUUAACCCCACUGCUUAAAGUUUCAGACCAGUUGUUUCCAUUAAUGACUCUAGAACAUCUUCAAAUGUACUGUAUGACUAAUAAAACGAUUGUUUAAAACUCCAAA